AUGUCCGUUCGAGCAAUUAACACGUGCUCCCACUUCCGCCCUUCUCUCUCUUCCGUCCCUCGUUUUUUCCCCGUCUCCCGCCGUUUCCUUCCUCCUUUCUCCUCCAGUUAUGGCUGCCAAACUCAAAGGCGGGGCAUCAAAAGCCUCUUCGAUUAUUUCAUGGAAGAACUCAAAGCUACGCGGCCUGUUUUUUUGGGCGGGAGAUUUUGGAGAGGAGGAGAGGAGAGGAGAGGCACGGAACUCUUGAAUGAAGAGCUUGUUGAAGAUAGACUUGUGAAGCGUUCAUUGCAAAAGGGUUUGCUUUUGGAGUUCAAGAAAGAUUCUGAGAGAAUAUUGCUAGCAGUUGCUCAGAGACCUGAUGGAAAGAAGAAUUGGAUGGUUUCAGAUCAGAAUGGCGUCACUAGUUCCAUCAAGCCGCAACAAGUGACAUAUAUUGUACCUGGUAUUGACAAUUUUGACCAAGCAGAUAUUGCUGGUUUCAUUCAGAAAGCUCAGGACAACAUGGACCCAUCGCUACUUGAGUUUGCUUGGUCUGAGCUACUUGAAAAUAAUAAGACUGUGACCGUUGAAGAGAUGGCUGAGAUAAUUUUUGGUAGUGUUGAGCCUCUUGAGAGUUAUUCUGCUCAUCUGUUGCUAUCAAAAGAUGAAGUAUACUUUACUGUGCUCGAGACAAAAGGAUUGCGUUGCAUUUAUGGACCUCGACCUAGUGAGCAGGUUGAGGAGCUUCUUCGUAGGAAGGUUGCAAAGGAGGCUGCUGAGAAAGAACUUCAGGAGUUUAUUGAACUGCUGACCUCUGCAAAAACAAUGCCUUCACAUGAUAAACCUCCCAAAUCUUCAUGGAAGAACGAGGAGAAAAUUUGGAGCAGAAUUGAAUCACUUGAAGCAUAUGCUUUUGAUGCUUGUAAAAGUGACGAACAAAGGAAAACAGCUGGAGCGAUACUAAAGGAAAUGGGUCAGGCAAAAACAGCUUCAUCAGCUAUGAAUCUCUUGAUAGAUAUUGGAUAUUUUCCUGUUCAUAUCAAUCUUAAUCUGUUCAAGUUAAGAAUUCCCACCGAUCACUCGGAAAAGAUCACGUCAGCUGCACAAAGUCUUCUGUCAGAUUCAUCUGAUCCAGACGAGAUUAACAGGAAGAACCUAACUGACCUGAAGGUCUAUGCCAUUGAUGUUGAUGAAGCUGAUGAGCUUGAUGAUGCUUUGAGUGCGACAAAGUUGCAAGAUGGUCGAAUUAAAAUUUUGAUACAUGUUGCAGACCCAACUAUAUAUGUUCAACCUGGAAGUAUUGUGGAUAGGGAGGCUAUGAGAAGAGGAACUUCUGUUUUCUUGCCCACUGCUACAUAUUCUAUGUUUCCCGAAAAUCUUGCCAUGGAAGCUAUGAGUUUGAGACAAGGGGAGCAUUGUAAUGCUGUUACUGUAUCAGUCGUGCUGCAUAACGAUGGCAGCAUUGCAGAAUGUUCAGUUUUCAAUUCAGUGAUUAAACCAACAUACAUGCUCACAUAUGAGGCUGCAUCCGAGCUACUCCAUUUGAACCUUCAGGAGGAGGCUGAACUCAGAAUUUUGUCUGAGGCUGCAAACCUUCGUUUAAAUUGGCGUCGCCAGCAGGGCGCAGUCGAGACAGCAACAUUAGAAACUCGCAUUAAAGUGCCUAAUCCAGAAGAUCCAGAGCCAUCAAUAAACAUUUAUGUGGAAAACCAGGCAGACCCUGCAAUGCGAUUAGUCACUGAGAUGAUGGUACUCUGUGGUGAAGCUGUAGCUACAUUUGGAUCUCUGAAUAACAUUCCUUUACCCUACAGGGGACAACCCCAAUCAGAUAUAAAUCUUUCGGAAUUUUCCCAUCUUCCAGAAGGUCCUGUUCGGAGCUUUGCCCUAGUCAAGGUAAUGCGUGCCGCCGAAAUUGAUUUCAGGAAGCCAGCACGCCAUGGGGUUUUGGGAAUUCCUGGUUAUGUUCAAUUUACCUCUCCCAUUCGUAGAUAUUUGGAUCUUCUAGCUCAUUAUCAGCUCAAGGCAUUUCUUAGAGGUGAGCCUCCACCCUUCACGUCUGGUAAUCUUGAAGGGAUAGCAGCAGGUGUAAAUGACAAAGUUAGAGCAGUGAGGAAGCUCUGCAGCAGUAGUCUCCGUUACUGGAUACUAGAAUAUUUACGACGACAACCAAAAGAGAGAAGAUACCGUGCUUUGGUCCUCAGAUUUUUGAAAGAUCGUAUUGCAACUCUGUUGUUGGUUGAGGUUGGAUUUCAAGCUUCUGCUUGGGUCUCAGUGGGCACUAAGAUAGGGGAUGAAGUAAUGGUUAAGGUUGAAGAAGCACAUCCACGUGAUGAUAUUAUUUUGUUGAAGGAGGUCGUUAGAGGUUGACCUAACAUAUGUUCGUGAAAAGACCUUUUCAAUGUUCAACAAUUUGUUCAAAAGGCUAAGCUCCUUCCAGUUCUAUAUUUGUCAACUAACACAUGAGCCACACUCUUUUGAUUUGAGACGAUAGCCUUAUUUACUCCCACUCUGCUUGGCUAGUAGGGUGCAAUCUUGUCUUUUGCAUGGAAGUGAGAUCGCGCUUCACUGGUCAAUUUUUGUCAAGCUGUUCAAAUCUCAGAGUCAUCUCUUGCAGGGAAAUUCAUGAAUAUUGCAGCCAACAUAUUCCGCCUUCCAUGAUGCUGCCAGUGUACUGUAUACAUCAAUUUCUCUAACCAUGCAGUGACAUAAAGUUAUCAGGUUUUCUCCCCCUCUGAUAGCUUGUUCAUUAUUGUUUAUUCUGUAAGAUGUCUCUGACAGCUUGUCGUUGUAAUGCAUCACCAAAAGGAGAAUUUUCUCAUCUUUUGCUCAAAACUCAUAUCUGAGGGUUUUUUUUGGAAAGACUAAUGCUAGUUAUCUGUUAGAUGUUAGUGGGUUUGGAAUCUUAUCCUCUUAUUACUCCCAAUUUCUAUAUCUCAUCUCGAGUCACCAAACUA